ACUCAAAGCAGCUAAAUGACUUUGUGCGGUGGUAACAAAUUCACGGAAUUCCAAAUCGAUUGUCUUGAAGCACACAAUAAUUAUAGAAUUCGUCAUGGAGUUCAGUUGUUAGAUUUGAACAAAGGAUUGUGCAAGUAUGCUGAAGCUCACGCUAACUAUCUCAUGCAAUGUGAUUCAGAACGAUCAAGUAAAGGACCAUAUGGUGAAAAUAUUUUCAUCAAACGGAGUUCUCGUAAGGUUUAUCCAGAUCCUUUUGAACCUGUCAUGCAAUGGUAUUCAGAGAUCAGAAAUUGGGAUUCAUCAAAUAAUUAUGCGACACCUGAAACAAAACACUUUGCACAAGUCGUUUGGAAAAGCACGGAAACCAUGGGUGUUGGACACGCAAUCAAUCUAAAAAUGAAGUUCACCGAAGCUUGUUUUUUCUUUAUUUUCCUGGCAAUUAUUUCAAUCAAGGAGAUUCAAACUGAAGAAUCAUUCGGAAGCAAAAUGAAUGACGAAGGCAGUGUGCAAUACUGCGAUGGGAUGAGAGGUAGUUGCAAGAAGAAGGAUGAAUGCACCGAUGAUUACUACGAUUUGAUUAUUCCUGGAAAAAAUAAUGAAUGUUCAACUGGAGAGGUUUGUUGCUUAAGGACAUGCGAAAAUGGACAAUGUCGAAGUGGCUGUAAUUAUUGGUAUGCACUUCCUGAUAACAACAGAGUUUGCACAGCAGUCUAUGGAGAACAAUGUUGUGGGGAAUUUGAUAAAAGACCACCACGAAAACAAAGAAACGAUUUCUUAGGCCCAUUAAUGUCUAAAAUCAAAAUGUAAUGAAACGAAAACUGUUAAAAAUAAAUGAAGAAUGAUGAUUUAGAAAACAUCCAACCUAAGUCUGACUUUUGAGAGUUUAUUUAUUAUCGUUUAAAGAGACGGUAC